AUGCGAACUCUGCCAAUUGGUCUGCCCAAACUCAUCGCUAGCACGGUCGCUUCUGGAGAUACUGGUCCGAUUGUUGGCGAAACUGAUAUUACCUUGAUGUACUCCGUGGUGGACAUAGCAGGCACUAACGACCUCCUCAGAAACAUACUAAAUAAUGCGGCUGCUGCUAUGGUAGGCAUGUCAGCUGCCUAUGAGCAACAGCUUCAAGAUGGGUCAAAACAGAGUAAAGGGACUCAGAAACUACGGGUUGGCAUCACAAUGUUCGGCGUCACAACUCCUUGCGUUGACAAAAUCCGCGAACAUCUUGAAGCCAAUUAUGCAGUUGAGACAUACGUCUUCCACGCUACCGGACAUGGAGGCAAGGCUAUGGAGCGUUUGAUUUCAGAGGGUCGCCUCGAUGCUAUACUCGACCUGACCACGACCGAAAUUUGCGACUUCCUUAUGGGCGGCAAUAUGAGCGCUGGCUCCGACCGUCUCGAAGCAGCCUUGAAAGCAGGUAUUGCAAACGUCAUCUCCCUUGGAGCUACCGAUAUGGUCAACUUUGGGCCGAAAGCAACAGUGCCCGAGAAAUAUCAGCAAAGAAAGUUGUUUGAACACAAUCCUACAGUAACCCUAAUGCGCACAACAAAAGACGAGUGCGUAUCCAUCGGCAACUUUAUGGCGGAANAGAUAAAGCGCUUCGCUGUCAACCCCAAGAUGGUGCAAAUCACUUUCCCAAAAGGUGGCGUCAGCAUGAUCGCUACACCAGGAGGUGCUUUCGAGGAUCGCGAUGCAGAUGAUGCAUUGAUUGAGACCGUCGUCUCUGAACUGCAAGAUUCAAGCAUCUCUAUUGUUAAUGACGAGAGAGACAUCAACGAUGAAGGUUUUGCUGUGCAGAUUGCUGAUGACUUGAUGCGAUUAGCACACUCAAGAUGA